AUGGAGAGGGGAAAAGAAGGUUCUACUUUGACCAAAAUUACUAUCAAACAUAUGGAGGUGAUCAUCUCAAGGUAUAUGACCAAGGCAAACAAGUUCAACUCCUCAUGGACCAAACCACAGUUGAUGGAAGUUCCUGUGGGACAACCGGUGAUUGGUGUGAACCAUUUCGAGUUUGAUUUUGAGUUCUUCGGAACAAAUGGCAAUAUUAAUUCCACCCGUGGUUUGUGGAUGGGAUUCCGAGAAAAACAAGAGCCAUCUGGGAAUCGGGUUUCGAACGGUGCCCAUGCACGUAGAAGCCAGCAUAUGGAAUCCAGAUUGGUUGGGGAGGGCAGAUUGGUCACAAGCGCCAUACACGGCGAAUUAUCGUGGAUUUGCGAUUCAUGGAUUCCGCGCCGGAGUGCACGACCGUUUAAAUUCCGAUUCAUCGGCGUUGCCGGAAUCGGGAGAAUUACGUUCCUUCUGGUGCUCCUAACAACAUGCCGCCGAAACGCAAAGGUCGAAGAAGUCAUCCUACGCCGAGGAAAGCUGAGUCUACUUCUGAUGAGGCUGUCGAUGGUAAGCUCACAAAUUCUCGCCCGUCUGCCUGUGAAGUCCAUUGUUCGAUUCAAAUGCGUUUGCAAAACAUGGCGUACUCUGUUCUCAUCCCCACAAUUUAUCGCCAUGCAUUUCCGGAAAACCUCGGAGAAUCCCGCGAAUCACUCUCUCAUCAUUCAUGGUAUGGAUGAAGAGUUCUACCAUAAUAUGUCUUUACUGAAUGUUAAUUCUACUGAAAAGGAACCCGUUUGUGUAGUGAAUCCUUCCCCUGUGGUUCUCUACCAAAUGGACUUGGUGGGCUCUGUUAAUGGGAUGGUUUGCCUGGCUUGCCCUCCUGCUGGAAAUACGAUUGUCCUGUGGAACCCUGCUAUGAAUCUAUGGAAAGAGAUUCAACUCUCUAAAAUGUUUAGGCACAUUCAAUGUUCCAAGGAUGGGGUGAUUUUGGCAGAGACUCCCAAGGGAACCCUGUUUUCGUAUGAUCCUGAGACUAAUGGAAUCAAGGAAUACAGUGUCUCCGGCGCUCAGAAAGCAUCAUUUGAAGCAUUCAGCUACAUUGAGAGCUUGGUUCGUAUUGAGGGUAUGGAACUUGUGAAGGAACAAGAUAGAGAUGUACUGCUUCAAAGAUAUAAGCAUCUUCAACUGCUGCAAAGAUGCAACCAUCAUUGAUUCGGCAAUCCCUGAAACUUCUUAGUUAUUACUAUACACUUCUGUGGCCUUUAGAUUGUUUGUUUGUGAUUUUUCACUUUUUAUGAUCGGUGAAAUGUUUUCU